UCCCUUCACAAUCAAGAACAUAAUCUUCAUUCUCUCACUAAACCCAUCAAUGGAAACUCCCAUAAACUGUCAACAAGAAUCAUAUCAUCACCAAUCUCUUCUACUUCCAUCUCCAAACAGCCAUAACAGCAGCAAUAGCUCCUCCACCACCAGCAGUUGUAGUCCCAACAACAACAACAUUAAUGGAGUCAACCACCACCAACACCACCACCACCCAUCGCCGACAACUCCCAAACCCAUAACCAGAUCCGAACCAAACAAUCCAUACCCAACAACCUUCGUCCAAGCCGACAUUACAUCCUUCAAACAAGUCGUUCAAAUGCUAACAGGAUCAACCGAAACCGCCAAGAUUGCUUCCGCGGCCAAAUCUGAACCGCCGCCCAAGAACUCCAUCCCUCCUAUCCGAAGCGGACCCAAGAAACAAACCUCAUCCUCAUCCAAACUAUACGAGAGGAGGAACAGCAUGAAGAAUUUCAAGAUUAGCCCGUUAAUACCCAGUUUUAUACACGGAUCCGUCGUCUCUUCAGAGAUUCUCUCUCCCAGUAUUCUUGAUUUUCCGUCUCUGGUUCUUAGCCCUGUUACCCCCCUCAUUCCAGACCCGUUUAACAGAUCUCCGCAGCAUCAUAUUGGUGGUAACUUGAAUAGGGAGGCUGAAGAAGAAGCAAUUGCUAGGAAGGGUUACUUCCUGCACCCUUCUCCUCGUGCGAAUACUCCGAGAGAUUCGGAGCUCCGACUGCUUCCCCUGUUUCCUGUAACAUCACCAAGAGUUUCAGGUUCAUCUUCUUCAUAUUGAAUCAAGAGUAUCGUAUGUAUGUACUUGAUUAUUAUUUAGCCAUUUCCUCCAAUGUACAAUCUUGAUUUUCUUGUUUUUCCAUUUACCUAUUGGUUGUUUGGUUGAUAAAAAAAAGAAAAAAAAAAAGUGAAAUUUCUUCUACUGUUUAA